UGGUUAUCAUUAUUUCAUUGGGUUUAUCACAUCUCUUAUUAUUCAAAGCACUAACAUAUUCAAACUCCCAAACCUGCUUUCCAUCACUUAAGGCAUAGAAGAAGAGAGAUUCAAAGACAAAGGCAAUGGCUGCCUCUAACCUUUCUUGCAUUGCUUCUGGAGUGGUCAUUCCCUCUUCAACUACCAUCUCAUCUUCCUCUUCUAGGUUAUCUUCUUUGGCCUUCUUCCCCAAGAAUUCCAACUCUAUUUCUAGAUCAUCUAGGUUGGUUAUCCGUGCCGCUGCCUCCGACGAGGCCGCUCCCCCGCCCCCGGCUGCCGCUCCUGCUGCCGCCACCGCGGAAGAGCCCAAGCCUAAACCUGCCCCUAUUGGUCCCAAAAGAGGUGCCAAGGUGAAGAUUCUAAGGAAAGAAUCUUACUGGUACAAGGAUGUUGGAUCUGUUGUAACAGUUGACCAGGACCCGAACACUCGAUAUCCAGUUGUGGUUAGAUUUAGCAAAGUAAAUUAUGCAAGUGUAUCAACAAACAACUAUGCACUUGAUGAGAUUGAAGAAGUUGCUUAAGCUUUUUUCUUUUUUUUUAAUGUGAUUGUGUAUUUUUGAGUUAAAAUGUUUGUAUAAUACUUCCAAUUUCAAUCUAUCUCUCCUCUUUCCAUGA